AUGACGGCGUUGACCAUCCGCCUCAUUGUUGCAAUCUUCUCCCUACUCUGUUUGCACUUUACUCCGACGUUCAGUUUUUGCAACUCCUAUUAUUGUCAGACAAAAGCACCGAUUUUUGCAACAAGAACAAUAAAUCUUCGUCCUAAUGCUAGUCCUCAUCGUACACUUGUAAUUAUCUCCACAAUCAUAUUACGGAACAACAACAACAACAACAACAACGAUAACGAUAACGAUAACGAUAACAAUGAUGAUGAUGAGGAGGAUCCCGACAUGCUUCAUGAGGAGGAGGAGGACGAAAAUGACUUACAGGAGGAGGAUGAUGAUGAUGAUGACGAUGAAACUACCAUAAAGCCCUACCGCAAUCGCUCUCUUGCUUGGACGAAACGCUAUCGCAAACUGAAUCCAUACGAAACAUGCCGUGGGCGCGUCUUGCAAUUUGGUCAUCGCAGUAAGGAAGACUGGGACGAAGCCGUGGAAUCAGGACAAUUGGGCGCAUACGUACCAAGUUACCCAGACGAAAUGUACGCUCCGGAAUGGGUUUCUUGGGACGAUUGGCUGGGGUUGAUGAGAUCCUAUGAAGAAACGCGUCAAAUGGCCAUUUCCGUGUUGGGAUGCAAAAGUUUGGACGAUUACAUCCUCUUUGUUCGGUCCAAUCCGAAAAGGGCGGAAGGAUUGCGGAUCCCAGUGCGUCCGGAUUUGUUCUUUAAGGAUAAAUGGAAGAGUGAGGAGGACUUUUUUGGAGCUCCAUUGAAUUUGGGAAAUUCAAAAAGCAUGAACGAAUGA